GAGAGACGGCGUCGUAUCGGCUGCGUGAACGCCUUUUGGUUUACAUAUUGAAAAUAAGGAACUGUCUCUGCUCGCAAGUCAUCCAGGCAUCCUCAUCGGAGUUCUGAAGUUGGAAGAGAACUCCGAGAGGUUGCGGUGAUGGCGUCUUUAGCUGCAAGGAAAAGGCCCAAAGAUGCGGCCACUAGUGCCGAUCAAAUGAGCAGGAGAAUUUUGCUUUACUCCAUUUUGCUCGCUCUACAGUACGGAGCUCAACCACUGAUCUCUAAGCGAUUUACGAGACGAGAAGUUAUUGUGACUUCAUCUGUCUUAACUUGUGAGAUAGUAAAGGUCAUAUGUGCCCUAAUUAUCAUGGCAAAAGAAGGUAGUUUAAAGAAAACUUUUAGUGAGUGGACUGUCGCUGGUGCAUUGACUGCUUCAGGACUUCCUGCAAUUAUUUAUGCAUUACAAAAUAGUCUGCUGCAGAUAGCUUACAAGAAUCUUGAUUCUCUGACAUUCUCAAUGCUGAAUCAAACAAAAAUACUCUUCACUGCUGUAUGUACUUAUUUGUUGCUCAGGCAGAGGCAGUCCAUUCAGCAAAUUGGGGCUCUAUUCUUGUUGAUUGUUGCUGCCGUUCUUCUAAGUAUAGGUGAAGGAUCUAGUAAGGGUUCCAGAGAUGAUGGCAGUCCCGAUCAAAUUUUGUUUCAUGGGAUUAUUCCUGUCUUGGCUGCUUCUGUACUCUCUGGUCUGGCUUCUGCAUUGUGUCAAUGGGCUUCACAGGUUAAGAAACACUCAUCAUACUUGAUGACUGUAGAAAUGUCUAUAGUUGGAAGUCUGUUUCUAUUUGCUAGUACAUAUAAAUCUCCUGAUGGAGAAGCCAUCCGACAUCAUGGUUUUUUCUACGGUUGGACUCUUCUCACUAUGAUUCCAGUCUUACUCAAUGCUCUUGGUGGAAUUCUUGUUGGUCUAGUCACAAGCAGGGCCGGUGGUGUUCGAAAGGGUUUUGUCAUAGUCUCAGCACUCAUUGUGACGGCAUUGCUGCAGUUCAUAUUUGAAGGGAAACCACCAUCGGUUUAUUGUAUCGUGGCUCUUCCCCUCGUGGUCAGUAGUAUUUCCAUGUAUCAAAAGUAUCCCUACCGGGUUAAAGAGAAGGAACUAUAGCCUGGGAGAGUUAUUUACAGGAAUAACUUGAUGGAAUUAAAGCUGCAGGAAUAACUUUAUUUUUAUAGUUUAGCAAUAUGAUUGAUAAUUGUAACUAAUAAGGCCAUUAUAUCUGGAUUUUCAAUUAGCUGAAAUCAUGAUGUAUAUGAACACUUCAUUCUUCAGCAGUGCGCAUGAGGAUUGGAGAAACAUUGUUAUUUUAAUUUUUCUAACAUAUCUUACAUUUUAUACUAUAAAGUAAAAUA